AAAGCAUUUUUUAAAACUCGUAAAGCAAAUAUUUGGGAGGGUUGACAUACUUAUCUCAAAUCUCAAGCAGAAACUGCAGCGGGUUCAUCAUCGAUGGCUGUCGCCGCCGCUCGUCGCCGCCUGUGGCGCGGGAUGCGAACUGCAGCCGCCGCCACCACCGCGUCAGGCGAGGAGCUGUACGCGUCCCUGCUCUCGCGCCUGGUGGCGGAGCCGGAGUGCCGCGUGAAGGCCAGCAUGGAGGAGGCGACCUCCUCGGUCCCGCACCGCGACGGCGCCUUCUGGGAGCCCCUUGCUGCGGCCCUCGUCCGCGCGUCCUACCCAGCCAAGGCGCACCUCGUCUUGGAAUGGAAGCUAGAGAGGCUACUAAAGGAAGGGGUUAAUAGUUAUAAUUGUGAACCCUACUCGACAAUAAUCCGUUUCUGUGGAGAGACAAGGAAUGCAGCUCUUGGAAUGAGAGUCUUUGAGUGUGCAGAGGCACAGGGAAUUCAACUGAACACUGACAUUUUCAAUGCCCUUAUUAACACUUUCUUGUCGGUCGGAGAUCUCCUUGCUGCAGUGACCUUAUACGAGACCAUGGAAGGAAUAGAGGACUACAAACCUGACCGUGCUACAUACGAUGCAUUCAUAUCUGCAUUUUCCUGGCUCCGAAGUGGCGAUGCUAUGAUGAGCUGGUACUUGGCUGCAAAGAAUGCAGGGUUUGUUCCGGGUAUUCAAGCUUUCGAAUCUUUGAUAGUGGGAUUUGUUAUGUUGAACAAGCUAGAUGAUGCUGAGUUAGUCUUCAAAGAAAUGGUUUCAUUUGAAAUGAAGCCAACCUGUACUAUUUUGGAGGCCAAGCUUGAGGUGCUUUCUAGAACAGAAGAGGGUAAUAGGGUCAAAAGUUUCAUAAAACUUGUCAGUGAUGGCGACUGGGAGUUGAAUAAAGCUUUGGUUGACAGACUAACAAGACUAUGCCUGGAUGGAGGUGAAGUUGAUAUAAUGGAGCAGCUGCUCGCCCUAAUACAAAAAGAAGCACACUUUAGUUCUGCAACUCAACUGCAUUGUGGAAUUAUCAGGUUCUAUGCUAGUGCAGAUCUCUUGUCAGAUAUGGAACAUGCAAUAGACCGGAUGUUGGAUGAUGGCAUGAUGUUUCUGUGCCCAGAGGAUGUUGAGGCUGUUAUCUGUUCAUAUUUUCGUCACAAGGCCUUUGAUAGGUUGGAGAUGUUUUUAAACCGCAUCCGAAGUUUGUACAUGCUCACCCGCUCUAGCUACGAUAUAUUAGUUGCUGGAUUUCAGAGGUUUGACUUGCAUCAAAGACUUGAGGCAACCAUAAAAGAUAUGAGGGAAGCUGGAUUUGCAUGAUGUUCCAAAAAAGUAUGUACACUGGCUUCCUUUGUUUGGUAUUUCCAGAAGUUAUAAAUUAAGUGCAUUGAACUAUCAACAUCAGAUCUUGGUGCCACUUUUCCUAGCUCUAAUUAGGUUUAGGAACGAUCUCUCGACAGGCACAGUAUCAUGUUGAUUAUUUAUCUAUUUAACCAAGAUGUCACAAAGCUGUAGUGUAUAGGAUAUGUGGCGGUUUGUGUAGUGGGGAUGGGUUUUAACCUCACUCUGCAGACCAGUGAGAGGUUUUUUGCUUCCUAACAUGCCAUUUAGGUACGUGGUUGUUGUAUCUUACAGGCACAGUAUCAUGUUUUUUGCUGUGAGGUGUUAUGUCAUGUUGUUAGGCUCGAAGUUCUUAAAGCUAGCCCUCCUGAUUGUAAAAGAUAUUCUGAUAUAUAGUAUGAUUUAUUUAUUUUUCCUGAAAA